AAGGUUUUUCAGUCAUUCACAUCAACGUCCCAUUGGGGUUGUGAGUUUUUCCUUGCCCUUAUGCAGGCUCUGUACCGCGGAUGUCGUUGUGGCUUGUGCAGCCCUUUGAGACACUUGUGAUGUAGGGCUAUAUACGUAAAUAAACAUUGAUUGAUUGAUUGAUUGAUUGAUUGAUUGAUACAUCUAAUGUCUUGGAAGUGCAAAAUUCAGAUACAACAUUUAUCAUCGGCAGCUUAGUGUCGCAAUAAAACUACAUUUUUAUGAUCAAACAACAUUUAUUAACGGGACAAAAUGUGUCAUCUCUACGCGCCGCACAAAAAAAAGGUCGACCACAAGCCGCCCUUUUCGGGCCUGGGAGCCGCGUUACUAUGGCAACAAGCAUCAGAUCCGGCGUGGCGACAACAAAUUGUUGAGGGUAGCGUAGCAACAUGGUCUCGCCGCUGACACCUGUUGACCCCCGGCGUCAGGGGUCAACGGGCCUCCAGGCGAGGAGCAACCCGGUUUGACCCAAAUCCGUUACGGCUCCGCCUCCGCCCGGUCGCCCUUUCCUUCCUCUUUUUCCUCUCCUUCUCUCCCACGCUGAUACUCCCCGCGCAUCCCUCCCCCAACUCUUGGGAAGAUGUGCGCAUGUCGCCGAUGAGUCAGUUUGUGGAGGCAGCGCGCGUGUGUGUGUAAGUGUGUGUGUGUGUGUGUGUGUGUGUGUGUGUGUGUCUCCCACAAAGGCAUCUACUUCCGCCUGUCAGCCAGACGCAGCAGAGAGGGGAGGGGGAGGACGGUCGCAGAAGAUGCUGCCGCAGCUCCUCGUCUACGCCUGACCUGUGAGGGACUCGGGAUGCACGGCCACGCUUAAGGGCGGCGGCGGCGGCGGCGGCUGGGGGGCGGGAGAGCGCGCACGUGCGGAGAAGCCAUGGCGAGCGCCCGGCCGGGGGUCCACGCCUUGAAGCUCCAGCCUCCCGCGGUGUCCUGCACGCUGAGGAGCGGCAGCAACUUCAUCAAAUGGGACGAGGAUCUCUCCACUGUGACGCCAGUGACUCUUCACGUGGAUCCUCAUGGACUCUAUCUGUACUGGACCGACCAGAACAAGGAGACGGAGUUGUUGGACUUGGCACACGUGAAAGAUGUCCGGACAGGCAGAAGCACCAAAACACCAAAGGAGACCAAGCUGAGGGAGCUGCUGGACGUGGGCAACCUGGUGGGUCGCCUGGAGAACCGCAUGGUUACCGUGGUGACGGCCUCCGACAUCGUCAACGUGGGCCAGCUGAACUUCAUCGCGGCGCAGGAGGAGGAAGCCAAGGUGUGGUGUGAGGAACUCUUCUGUCUGGCCUCCAACCUGCUGAGCCACAACCUCAACAGAGACCACAGUCUGCUUAAAGCAUACGUCAAGUUGACUCUGCAGCCCAACGCCGAGGGCAGGAUCCCCGUCAAGAACAUCGUUCGGUUGUUUUCCCUGGACAGAAAGCGGGUGGAGAACGCCCUGGAAAGCUGCCACCUGCCUUAUGGACGGGGUGACGGCAUCAGACUGGAGGACUUCACCCUGGAGGUCUACAGGAGCUUCCUGGACCACUUGUGUCCUCGCCCCGAGCUCAGCAGCAUCUUCAAACUGCAGGGGGGCGACGGCGGCGGCGUCAUGUCCGUGGAGCAGAUGACAGACUUCAUCAACAACAAGCAGAGGGACCCCAGACUCAACGAGAUCCUCUACCCGCCUCUGCGAGCCGCCCAGACCCAAACACUGCUGGAUCGACACCAGCAGGACAAGGAACUUCUGGAGCGGGGUGUCAUCUCCAUGCAGGCCUUCUCCAGUUAUCUGUCCAGCGAUGAGAACGGCGUCAUCCCGCCGGACAAACUGGACCAGUCGGAAGACAUGAGCUUCCCUCUGUCUCACUACUUCAUUAACUCCUCCCACAACACUUACCUGACAGCGGGUCAGCUGGCAGGAAGUUCCUCGGUGGAAAUGUACCGGCAGGUCCUGCUGGCCGGGUGUCGCUGCGUGGAGUUGGACGUGUGGAAGGGAAGGACUGCCGAGGAGGAGCCCGUCAUCACGCACGGAUUCACCAUGACUUCGGAGAUCUGCUUCAAGGAAGUGAUAGAGGCCAUUGCAGAGUGCGCCUUUAAGACGUCGCCUUUCCCGGUCAUCUUGUCUUUCGAGAAUCACGUCGACUCGUUGAAGCAGCAAGCCAAGAUGGCCGAAUAUUGUCGAUCAAUCUUUGGGGAGGCGCUACUGAUUGACCCACUGGACAAAUACCCUCUGGAGUCGGGCGUGCCGCUGCCAAGUCCUCAGGAGCUGAUGGGCAAAAUCCUCAUCAAGAACAAAAAGUCCCACAAAGCCUCCAAUGGCGCCGACACCAAGAGGCUGACGGAGCUGCCGGCCAAUCAGGGCCCCGAGUCGCCGUCUCCUAGCAACAACACAGGAGCAGAGAUGGACGCCGAGAGCGAGGAGGAGGACGACGACGAAGACGACGAUGGCAAAAAGGGCUCAGCGGAGCGUGAGGCGGUGGCCACGGAGGAGAUGUCCACUCUGGUGAACUACGUGCAGCCCACCAAGUUCAACUCCUUCGAAGCCUCCAAGAAGGCGGCCCGCUGUUACAACAUGUCGUCCUUCGUGGAGACCAAAGCUCUGGAGCAUCUCACCAAGUCACCGGUGGAGUUUGUCGAGUACAACAAGUCCCAGCUCAGUCGCAUUUACCCGAAAGGCACCAGAGUGGACUCGUCCAACUUCAUGCCUCAACUCUUCUGGAACGCCGGCUGCCAGCUGGCGGCGCUCAACUACCAAACCAUAGAUCUGUCCAUGCAGUUGAACCUCUUCAUGUUCGAGUACAACGGCCGCAGCGGCUACAGGCUGAAGCCGGAGUUCAUGCGGCGGCCCGACAAGCACUUUGACCCCUUCACGGAGAACACGGUGGACGGCAUCGUGGCCAACACCCUCUCGGUCAAGGUGAUCUCGGGCCAGCUCCUGAGCGAGCGGCGUGUGGGCGUGUACGUGGAGGUGGAGAUGUUCGGCCUCCCUGCGGACACCAGGAGGAAGGCUCUGAAGACCAGAACCUCGCAGAACAACAACGCCGUCAACCCCGUGUGGGACGAGGAGCCCGUCGUCUUCAAGAAGGUCAUCCUCCCCACCCUCGCCUGGCUGAGGAUCGCCGCCUUCGAGGAAGGAGGGAAGUUCAUCGGCCAUCGCAUUAUUCCCGUGUCAGCCGUAAGACCUGGGUAUCGCUACAUCGGCCUGAGGAAUGAGAAGAAUCAGUCUCUGAUUCUGCCGGCCGUAUUUGUCUACAUUGAAGUCAAAGACUACGUCCCUGACACCUUUGCAGAUGUGAUCGAGGCUCUGUCCAACCCCAUUCGAUACGUCAACCUGCUGGAGCAGCGGUCCAAACAGUUGGCGGCUCUGACGCUGGAGGACGGCGAGGACGACGCACAGACCGAGGACGAAGCCGACAGCGGCGUAGAGCGCAAGAACGAUCCCAAGUCGGCGUUGGUGGAGAAUGGACUCAGCCCCGCCCCUGGCCCCACCGGCCACACCCCCCUCGCUGCAACGCCCAAACGCUCUGCGGCCAAUCAGCAAGCAGCGAGCACAGAUGCAGCCAAGCCGGCGACGAAGACGGAGGAUUUGGUUUUGAGUGUUUUGACAGACGUGCCGGCGUGCUCGCUGGCCGGCCUGCAGCAGUCCAAAGUCUACCAGAAGGAGCAGAGGCGGCAGUUCAAGGAGCUGAAGGAGCUGGUGAGGAAGCACCAGAAGAAGACCUCGGAGCUGCUGAGGGACGUCAACACCAAGUACAAGAAGACGUCCCGGCAGCGCAGCAAGAGCAGGUCGGUCACGCCCUCUUCCGCUCCUCACUUAUCCCUACCAGGUCUCAGCACUUGCUUUGUUGGCCACAGGGCGGCGGCGUCCGAGGGCGAGCGUGACGAGCGCCUCCAGACGCUGAGAGGGGAGCAGCAGCAGCAGCUGGUGGCGCUGAGGCAGGAACAGUACUACAGCCAGAAGUACCUGCAGAGGGAGCACAUCAAGACGCUGACGGAGCGACUGAGCUCUCUGGCCGAGGAGAACCACGGCACGCAGAUGAAGAAACUCAAAGACAUCUGCUGCAAGGAGAAGAAGGAGCUGAAGAGGCAGAUGGAUCGAAGGAGAACGGAGAAGAUCAACCUGGCCAAGACCAAGGAGAAACAUCUGGCAGAAGAAGAGAAGAUGGAGAUCAACAAGUCGUACGUCAAUGAAGUGGUGCACAACAUCAAGAGGUUGGAGGAGACUCAGGCCAAGCGUCACGAUCACAUGGUGGAGCAACACAACCUUCUCAUGCAGGAGAUACAGGAGCACAGACCAAAGCUGCAGGCCGCCAUCGAGGCCGAGUUUGAGGAGAAGUUCCAGCGUUUGCCGGGCGAGAUCGAAGACUUCCUGCGGGACGGGAGGUCGGAGGCCAGAAGUGGGAGCAAGUCUCGGCCGUCGACCCCGACCGACGCCUUGUCCGAGGAUGACUGAGGAAGGAAGUGCUGCGACAGGAAGUUACACAGGAAGUAGACACAGCAACAGGAAGUUACACAGGAAGUAGACAUCGCAACAGGAAGUUACACGGGAAGUAGACACUGCAACAGGAAGUUGCACAGAAAGUAGAAACUGCGACAGGAAGUAAACACUGAAACAGCAAGUUACACAGAAAGUAAACACUGAACCAGGAAGUUACACAGGAAGUAAACACUGAAACAGGAAGUAAACACUGCAACGGGAAGUUACACAGGAAGUAAACACUGAAACAGGAAGUAAACACUGCAACGGGAAGUUACGCAGGAAGUAAACACUGAAACAGAAAUUUACGCAGGAAGUAAACACUGAAACGGGAAGUUACACAGGAAGUAGUGACUGCAACAGGAAGUAGACGCUGCUACUGAUGAGUUGAGACUGUUAUCGAUGAAGAACGGAACAUGUUAGGUUUUUAUCAAGCAUGCACUCUGACGUACCGCAACAUUUAUUACGUUCAUCCGCUCGUUUGACUUCUAAUCUAACCAUUCUCAUGUAGCAUGCUAGCCAACGUUAGCUGCUGAUAUUAGCCCGUUUUUGUUGUCUUAUUACUAGAACUUUCUUGCAUAUUGAACUUUUCAGCCUUCCUACUUCCAAACAAUAUUUCAUUUUCUCUGCACUAAAAGCCUACAAAAUGGAACUUUGACAUGGAGGGUCAAAUGGGACAAAAUUAAAUAAAUAAAUCAGUCUUUAAACGAUUAAAUGUGUUAUUAAUGAACUAUUAGUGAAAUUAAUUACAUUAAUGUGUCAUUAAUUUAUUUAGUGUAAAAGUACAUUUCAUUAUUUCAACAACUAAUAUUGAAUUUAUUCAAAUUAUUUCAUAUUUAAUUUAUUUAAUAUCAAUUAGUUAAAUACUUUUUUAAAUUUAAUUAUCUUUUUCCUGAUUUCAUUGUUUUACAGGUUAAUUAUUUAUUUCAUGAUUUAAUGGUGUAUUUAAUUAUUUGAUAAAGGUGUGUGUCAGUGGGCGGGUCCUAAUGCCUGAUUGGUUACCCUGCACUUCCACUUGUGACCAGAGGAGGAGUGCUGGUCGAUAACUUGGUGGGGAAGUGCGGAAAUAACUCCCGACAACUGUAAUAAAUGUUUAACCCAGUUAAAUGUUAUCGUCUAAAUCUAAAUGUUGAAUUUUAAAUAUAAAUGUUUACUUAAUAUAAACGUUCAACAUUAAUCUCAACAUUAAAUCUAAAUGUAGUAUCUAAAUCAAAAGGUACAAUUUUAAAUCCAGUUCCAGAAUAAAUAAUUAGCUACAUUUUAUCAUCUAAAUCUAAAUGUCAUAUUUAAAUCUAAAUGUUACAUUUCAAAUCUAAAUGUUCACUUAAUAUAAAUGUUCAGCACUACAUCUAAUCGAAAUGUAACAUUUUAAAACAGGUUAAAUGAUCAAUAAUUAAAUGAUUGAAUAAAAAUAAUUAUUGAAGAAUACAUUCAUGAAGCGCUGACAUAAAUGCUCAUGAAAUGAUUAAAUAAAAUUAAUGAAAUAAUAAAAUCAAUAAUUAAUAAUAGUAUUAAAUGUACUUUUCAAUUAAUUACAUUUUGGACACAUUUAUGCAUUUAAUUCCAAGUAUGAUUAACUAACGACACAUUUAAGUAAUUAUCAGAAAAUGUUAUAUCUAAAUCGAAAUGUACAAUUUUAAAUCCAGUUAAAGGAUCAAUAACUACAUGAUUACAUCCAAAAAAUGUAAAUAAAGAAUACAUUUAUGACAUACAUUUUCAUUAAAUAAUUUAAUAUUUAUAAUUAAUGAAAUAAUUAAAUCAAUGAUAAAUGAAAUAAAUAAUUAAAUGUACUUUUCCAUUAAAUACAUUUUGGAAACAUUUAUGCAUUUAAGUACAAUUAUGACUAAUUACCGACACAUUGAAGUCUUUAUUGAAAGCUGUAUUUAAUUUUGUCCCAUGAGAGGAUCCAUACUUGGAGCACGGUUGCUAUGGAGAACUCAGUGUUGCCUCUUCGUUAACGAUCAUUUCAUCAAGAGAGUUCCAUGUUGGAAAUCACUGCCCACAGUUUAAAGAGGUCCUAUCCUACAUGGACAAGAGGAGAAGAAUGCAGAUUUCACCUUCUUUAAACUGGACGCAUUUACUGAGAUAAACGUGGCUUUUUAACGACUUCCCUAAUGCAUGGAGUGACUUUAACGAUGCACUUUUAUGUGGUUUUCUUUACUUUCCAACAAGGUUUUUCAAAAUAAUGGUUCUUUCGACUGUUAGCCUCACGAUUAAACGUGGUUUUGACUUCCAAAAAACUGCUGUCGGGACUUCCAAACAAACGACGGGAGUCGUCUCACUGGUAGCAGCCGGAAGGGUCUCUCUCUCUGCAUGGUGUGUUUGCGCAAAGCAGUUAUUCCACUUUUUUGUAAGGAAAAGAGCUCUUUGUAUGUCGUGACCUGAGCUGCGUUCAGCAAGCAAGUUUUGCAGGGAACUUUUUCAAUCCAGCUGACGUGUUUUGAAGCUGUCGUGACCUGUGGGGACAUAUUCACCGCUCACGUCCAGGUAACGUCAUUGAAAAGACCAUUUGUCCACUGCACUGAGCAUGCUUUUGUUCUGUGGAAGACCACUCAGAGCACUAUUAAAAUGUUUGGAUUGGGAAAAAAA